AGACUUCCUCUAUCCAUAAUUCCUCUCCACUUCCAAAGAAGACACAUGACAGGAAUCACUGCUGUGUCAGAGAUUGAAGGCAUUCUCAAUGAACUGCACAUCUCUGCCCAAACCUCGCAGCCGAGGGCCUCCGACCAGAGCUCGCCAGAUGACAUACUCCAGCUUCAGGUCGCUAGGCUGGCACGCAUCGAUCUAUCAGGCCCAGACUUAGGACAUGAAGAUCAGAGGCCCGGGCACGCCCAUGUACAAGUUACUCCAUCUGAGAGUCCCCUAACCCCAAUCAAUGAACUUCCUCCGGAGAUCCUUUGUGCGAUAUUCACCCUGUGCGUCGAACUUGAAGAUCGUCCAAGUAACAUCCAUCCCGCCUUCACAAUUUCCCAUACAUGCUCAGUUUGGCGAGCCAUCUCUCUUGGAUACCCUAUCAUGUGGAGCCGAGUUAACUUGUCCCAGCUCUCGCUUGCGAGUGCGGAGCUCGUUCUUCGCAGAGGCAAGGCAAUUCCGUUGAGGAUCGUCGGCUGCGAUAUAUCCACGAGGCGGGACGUCACUGCAUUAAUCCCAAAUCAUUGUCACCGCCUUGAAGAGCUACGCAUUCAG